AGGGCACAUAGCUAGUGUCAGGAAACAAAUAAGUAGGAAGAACAUUUUCAUAUGUGUAAUUGAUAUGGUGGGGUUCAGAGAGCUCCUUCUGUGAGGAAAAGGCUCUUCCGUUUCUACAAGGAAUUCCAGCAGCUUUUCUGAGACCUGAAUCUGGUUGGCCGUCAAUAAAGACAAGAGUGGAGUGGGUACAGUUAAAGUAUCUUAAACGAAUAGCCAUUCUGUCAAAUGAACGCCUUCCAGCAUUGUGCUAUAUGGAAAUGAAUAAUAAUCAAAAUUGGAAGGGUUGGUACAGUAGGCCUCACUAGACUUAGCUGCAACUAAGAAUUUCUCCUACAUCAACAAAGUUAAUGGUGAUGCUCUUGUGGAUUGGCGAAUAAAAGUGCGUGCUAAAUAUUUAAGAAGCAGAGACAACAAUUUUUGUCUUCUCAAAGUUGUACCACAACUGCUACCUUCAAGAGAGCAAACCAAUGGACAAAGAAUUUGAUCCACAGUAUUUGUAAAACUAAACUGAUUUCUUUUACUAAGGCUUGGGGUCUGUGACCGGACAUCAGCUUUUGGAAAUUACCCGGUUUACAAAAAUGAGGGCAGCUUUGGAACCAGUAGACAUUGCCAUUGUGGCAUUGUAUUUUGUGCUUGUGCUGUGCAUAGGCUUUUUUGCCAUGUGGAAAUACAAUCGAAGCACUGUGAGUGGGUACUUCCUGGCAGGGCGAUCUAUGACAUGGAUAGCAAUUGGUGCUUCCUUGUUUGUGAGCAACAUUGGGAGUGAACACUUCAUUGGGCUUGCAGGAUCUGGAGCAGCAAGUGGAUUUGCCGUGGGGGCAUGGGAGUUCAAUGCCUUAAUGCUUUUGCAGCUCUUAGGAUGGAUCUUUGUUCCAGUUUACAUACAUUCUGGAAUAUACACCAUGCCUGGAUACUUAUCCAAACGUUUUGGAGGGCAUAGAAUUCAAGUAUACUUUGCAGUGUUGUCUCUAAUUCUAUACAUCUUCACCAAACUUUCAGUAGAUUUGUAUUCAGGUGCAUUGUUUAUUCAAGAAUCACUAGGCUGGAAUAUUUAUUUGUCAGUAAUACUGUUGAUUGGAAUGACUGCAUUGUUGACUGUGACUGGAGGUCUCGUAGCAGUUAUCUACACAGACACUAUUCAAGCUUUGCUUAUGAUUUUUGGUGCCCUCACACUUAUGAUUAUAAGUAUGAUAGAAGUUGGUGGGUUUGAAGAGGUUAAAAGAAGAUACAUGUUGGCAAAACCAAAUAUUACAUCGAUCUUGUUGAAAUAUAACCUUUCCAAUACAAAUUCCUGUCACGUUGAUCCAAAGCCUGAUUCACUUAGAAUGCUGCGUGAACCAACUGAUGAAGAUAUUCCAUGGCCUGGUUUCAUUUUGGGACAGACACCAGCUUCUGUCUGGUACUGGUGUGCAGACCAAGUCAUUGUUCAGAGGGUUUUAGCAGCAAAAAACAUUGCUCAUGCCAAAGGAUCCACCCUAAUGGCAGGUUUUUUAAAGCUUUUGCCAAUGUUCCUUAUAGUUGUUCCCGGUAUGAUUUCACGAAUACUGUUUGUAGAUGAUAUUGCAUGUAUCAAUCCAGAACACUGUAUGCAAGUUUGUGGAAGCAGAGCUGGAUGUUCCAACAUUGCCUAUCCACAUUUGGUAAUGAAGCUUGUUCCUGUUGGCCUGCGAGGCCUUAUGAUGGCUGUAAUGAUUGCUGCACUAAUGAGUGAUUUGGAUUCUAUCUUUAAUAGCGCCAGUACCAUAUUCACUCUUGAUGUCUACAAGCUCCUUAUACGUAAGAAUGCAUCGUCUAAAGAACUGAUGAUUGUUGGAAGAGUUUUUGUUGCUUUCAUGGUGGCAAUAAGCAUUGCUUGGGUCCCCAUAAUAGUAGAAAUGCAAGGAGGCCAAAUGUAUCUCUAUAUACAAGAGGUAGCUGAUUAUUUGACUCCACCAGUGGCUGCUAUUUUUCUGUUGGGCGUAUUUUGGAAGCGUUGCAAUGAGCAAGGGGCCUUCUUUGGUGGAAUGGUUGGAUUUGUGCUUGGAGCUGUACGACUGAUACUGGCAUUUGUCUAUCGUGUUCCUGAAUGUAACCAACCAGAUACCAGACCAUACUUCAUCAAAAGUAUCCAUUACAUGUAUGUAGCUACUGCACUGUUUUGGAUCACUGGAAUUGUGGCUAUAAUAAUAAGCUUGCUUACAACACCACCUUCAAAUGAACAAAUUCGGACAACAACGUUCUGGUCUGUGAAAAACAGGACUGUACAAGAAAGCACUUCAACAGACAAUUCAUUCAAAGCACAAGAGAAGACCAUCUUAAAAUACAAUGACACACCCAAUCAUAUCACUUCAAAUGGGAAAUCUGAAGAAAAUGUUAAAAAUGAUCAGCCUGAAAAUGUCAAUCUCCUAAUUACUUGCAGAGAUGACAGCAAUCCAGUGAUUUCGAUAAGUAACUCUGAAGUUGAGACUCCAGUGGAUAGUUAUUCUAAUGGACAGGCAGCUCUUAUGGGUAAAAAGAAGACUGAAGAAGAGACUGAGAGUAGUGCUAAACACUGGGAAUUCAUAGAUUGGUUCUGUGGGUUUAAAAGCAAAAACAUGAACGAUAGAGUUAAAGAUACGGGGGAGGAAGAAAAAAGUAUUUGUCUACAAAUGCUGGAAGAGACUCCAAAAGUUAAAUUACUACUAAACAGUGGACUAUUUUGUGUGUGCUCACUUGGAAUAUUCAUGUUUGUUUAUUUCUCUGUAUGAACAAGUGAGAAUCAUAAGGCUUUGGUCAGACAUAUAGACAUAGGGAUAGAGGACCUUGGAGAAAUAUUUAUGUGUGUGUGUUUGUGUCUUACAUCUCAGGCAUCCUUUACACUAUAUUGUCAGUCAAAUUAUUUUUCAACCAAUUUGAAAAUCAUUAGAGUUUUUAUAUCUUAGCAUUUCCAUUUUAAUGCAAAAUGUUUGUGGGAUUUUGUGCAGUACUAUACGUUGGGUUUUAGUAUACCAAAGUAAGAAAUUAGUGUGUUAAGAGGUAAAAUAUUAAUGCACCUAGUCAGAGGUCCAGCAAAACUGAAAAUGGUGUUAAAGAUGUAAUAUUAGCACUUAAAAUUGAUAAACAGUACAUUAUAAAGAGCAUUCCAGAGUACUCUUGAGUGUCAGAAGAUGUUAUCUUCUUGGUAUCCUGAUCAAACAACAUGUUUACGUUUUCUCCCCCUCUCUCCAUUAUUCUUCAAACACCAGAUCUGGGUAUGUUCCCAACAAAUAUCUAAUAUACUGAAUAAAUGUUACUUGACUUCUGGUAUUUCAAAUGGCCAGAAAUUUUGCUAAAUCUACAAUGACCUUUCCUCCUUUCUAUAUAAAACCACAUAUUUUAAAACAACAAUCUGUAGUCUUGCUAUAGGUUGGAAGUAUGUUAAUGGCAAUGAAUAAAGCCACCAUGUUCAAAUAAAAAUAAAAGAUGAGAUCCAAAUAAGUCAUACUUGGAGUAGGCCAAUUGAAAUCUAUGGCCCCAGCUCCUGCAUAUGACUAAUGGUCAUUGGGUCUGAUCUGCAAAUGACAAAUGCUAGAUAUCAUGGUUUGGCCUUCAAAGCAGUGCAGAAAGAAUGUCCCAGAUGAUGGAGAGGGAAGGAGUCUGACUUGUACGUUGAAACCAAAUACUCUUCAUGCACAUCUGGAGUUUUUUUAUAUUUGAAUUUUGCCCAUUAAUAUAUGCAUAGAAUUACAAUUGCUCCCCAAAGUGAAUAUUUCAAGAAGAAAGAUCCUAGCACCCCUUCACAAAGUAUUUAUUGUGUAAUGAUUUGUCUGAAACAGAUGACAGUUGGAUGUGGAAACAACAAAUAGCGCAAGUCUUUGAUAACAAUGAGUCUGUAUUGGAAUUAGUCAAAGUAAUAUUGCAAACUUUUUCUAUUGUAUGCGAGUUUAUUUUUCUUUGGGCUGGGUGGGAAUAAAAAGAGAGAAUAAAACUUCUUAGGGUUUCCUCUUUAAAAACACCACUUCCUUUUGAUUCCAAGGCAUGUAUAGGUUACACGUUGAGGCUACAUGUCUCCUACAGAUAUUGUGAAGAAUAUUAUAUAAAGAUUUUAUACAGAAGUUCUACAGGGAGAAAGGGCGGGAUAUAAAUCUAAUAAUAAUAAUAAAGUAAGGCUCUGAUUAUCAGAGCAGAGCCCCCCCCCCAAAAAAAAAGAAAUCCUUGUGCCGUGAAUGCUUACAUAUCAGUGUGGAGGAGGAUAGAUACACUUCCCUGCUGGAGCAUUGUCAGCCACAAGGUAAUGGAGACUACAGGAACCAUGGGAGAUGCCAAUUAAAAGCAAAUUUAGAAUUAUUGGGGAGAACUCUUGACCAUUCUGCAAGUCAUUUGUAAUUGCUGGUCCCAAUUCAAUUUGAGCUUAGCAGAGUUUGCCCUAGUUUUUAGGAUUAGAGCUGAACACUCCAGUUUAAUAAAAAGUAUUCCUGUAAUACUUAGAGGGUGCAGUACUGAAGUCUGAGAUCCCAUGUCUAAUAAUCCCUUUUUAUACUUUUUAAAUAGUUGUACCUUGCAAAUCCUAAAGUUGCAAGGGCUCACAAAACUGCUGACAACAAUAUUCUAGACAACUAAAACUAACAACUAAAAAUAAAAUUGGGUAAAUGCUGAUUGCUACCAUCUUCAGUUGUGUUGCUCUUAUUUCUCCCAUAAUAUCAGGAACAACUUGCUUACUAAGGUGUCCAGUUGUUGCUAAGCGGACGUAGAAAAUGAAUGGAAGAGGUACAUGUAUUCUAUUCAACUAUUGAGUUUAACUUUGUAUAACUGAUACAAUUUUAGAAGCAACAUACUGUAUAAAUGUACUACAGAGACUUUGGUUUAGAUUGCCUCUGUUCUUGAUUACUAGAUGAACUGAGAGCUUCCUUGUGCACUGGACCAAGAGCUAGCUUAAACUAGAGGCCUUCCAGGGCCAAAGGGAAUGAAUGAUGCAAGCUUUGAGAUGUGGAUAAGUACCAUUGUUGAUAAGUAGUGUAGGAACGUUGGUUUUCUGGUAUUUGUAGAGAUGGCUUUGUUGAAUGAUUUGCCAGCUGUCAUGUUGCAGGUGGGCUAGCUCGGAUCUGUUUGGCUCCCAGCUUUCCUCUCCAAGAUGCCUUGUAUAAACUAAGCCAUGUUCCAGGCCUUAGUGGCACAUUAAAAUAGCAAUGUCUAAUACUCCCUCGGUCCUAAUUCCAAGUUAUUUAAUGUUUAUGCAGUGUUAUGUAUGUAUAUGGCAGAGUUUGCUUUGGAUCUAUUUUAAAUUGACUCUUAAUGCAAUACAGCCAUAUUCCAAGUGACAAUGCCGUGCAUAAAAUCCUCUAAAUAUUGGACCAUUUCACAGUUUUAACAAUAGUGGAAAAAUUGCCAAAGUCCAUACAAAAACGUUACCUUCCAUUUUGCUUUCCUAACUAUCUGUACAUGGUUUGUGUAGCCUGCAUUGUUAACUGUUCUAUUUAGGCAGCUAUUCUCCUUGCGAGGUUCCAAAACAGAGACUCUGUCUGUCACUUUAAAGAUACAUAGUGAGUGAGUAUGCAACAGUUGCAGUGUCAUCUAAUGCUCUGCUGUUUGAUCUCUAGGGCAACUACAAACGGGGCUUUUAGUGUUGCAGCUCCUGCUCCCUGGAAUCAGUUACUAGCCAAAAUAAAACAGGCACCUAGUGUGUUGAUGUUCAAGUGCCUACUGAAGAUAAGCUUUCUCUGAGGUGUAACCCAGUCAUUUAUGGAAUUACCAGUUUUAUAUCUGAUAAAAAUGUUUUUGUUUAGAGUUUGUAUGGAUGGUUUUAUUAUUUUUAGCGUUUGUUGAAUUGGGUUUAUUAUUGUUAGCACUUGUGUUUGUGUGUUCUUUUUUUAUCUUGUACACCACUUCAAUGGAAUUAUGUUAUGAAGCAGUCUAUAAAUUAAUUCAUAGUACCUAUAAGUCCUGGUUAACCACAGCAGUUGGAAAGUAAUUGUUGUGGAUUGUUGGGCCAUUGGAGUGAAAGGUAAACUUCUUGCUGUAUACAGACUCUGGGGAUUGGUUCUGAUUAUUCUAAAUGAAGCUAAAACCAAACCAGGAUAUCAAGCCAUGGAUUCAUACCUUGGUUUGUUUAUUUAUUUUGUUAAAUUUCUAUACCGCCCCAUAGCCGAAGCUCUCUGGGCGGUUUACAACAAUCAACAUCAAAUACAAUAAGCUACAUAUAAACAAUAUAAAACUAUCUUAAAACUUUCUUUAAACUUUAAAUUAUAAAAUUCACCAGAAGAAUCAAAGACAGUUGUCAACACAUACUAAAUAUUAAAAUGUUAAAAUGUUAAAAAUUAAAAUGAUUAAAAUGCCUGGGAGAAAAGUUUUAACCUGGCGCCUAAAAGAUAGCAAUGUUGGCGCCAGCCGUACCUCAUCAGGGAGAUUGUUCCAUAAUUCAGGGGCCACCACUGAGAAGGCCCUUUUUCUUGUUGCCACCCUCCGAGCUUCCCUAUGGGUAGGUACCCGGAGGAGGGUCUUCGAUGUAGAGCGUAGUGUAUGGGUAGGUUCAUAUCGGGGGAGGCGUUCCACCAGGUAUUGUGGGCCCGCGCCGUAUAAGGCUUUAUAGGUUAAAACCAGCACUUUGAACCUGGCCCGGAAACAUAUAGGCAGCCCCAAUGCAGGUGGGCCAGAAUCAGUGUUAUAUGAUCGGAACGCCUAGUCCCUGUUAUCAAUCUGGCCACCGCAUUUUGUACAAGCUGCAGCUUCCGGACCGUCUUCAAAGGCAGCCCCACGUAGAGCGCAUUGCAGUAAUCUAGUUUCGAGGUUACCAGAGCAUGGACAACCAAAGCGAGGUUCUCUCUGUCCAGAUAGCGGCGUAGCUGGGCCACCAGCCGGAGUUGGUAAAAAGCAUUCCGUGCCACCGAGGCUACCUGAGCCUCAAGUGACAGGGAUGGAUCUAAAAGAACUCCCAAGCUACGAACCUGCUCCUUCAGGGGGAGUGUAACCCCAUCCAGAACAGGUCGAGCAUCCACCAUCUGGUCAGGAGAAGCACCCACUAACAGCACCUCAGUCUUGUCUGGAUUGAGCCUCAGUUUAUUAGCUCUCAUCCAGUCCAUUGUCGCAGUCAGGCAUCGGUUCAGCAUAUCGACAGCCUCACCUGAAAAAGAUGAAAAGGAGAAGUAGAGUUGCGUGUCAUCAGCAUACUGACGGCAACGCACCCCAAAACUCCUGAUGACCAUGCCCAGCGGCUUCAUAUAGAUAUUAAAAAGCAUGGGGGACAGAACUAACCCCUGCGGAACCCCAUACUGGAGAGCCCAGGGUGCCGAGCAAUGUUCCCCAAGCACUACCUUCUGGAGAUGGCCCGCCAAGUAGGAGCGGAACCACUGCCAAGCAGUACCGCCAACUCCCAGCUCAGCGAGCCUCCCCAAAAGGAUACCAUGGUCGAUGGUAUCAAAAGCCGCUGAGAGAUCAAGGAGAAUCAACAGAGUCACACUCCCCCUGUCUCUCUCCCGACAAAGGUCAUCAUACAGGGCGACCAAGGCUGUCUCCGUGCCAAAACCGUUACCUUAAUUUUGGUUAGAAGAACUGACCACAGUUUCGAGUUUGUACCCAACAUGGAACACUGGUUUAUAUGUGUGUAGAAGACAAGAAAUGAGGACUCUGCAAGUCAUAGGCUCAAUGUGACUUGUUUACAAUAUAACUGUCUCCUUCUUUCAUAAAGCUAGAAUCCGGGGCCAUCCAAUGGAGCUGAAUUUUGGAAGCUUCAGGACAUGCAAAAUAUGGUGAUGGCCACUGUGACGUCCUUCCCUGGUUCUCCCUGUCAGGUUCCCACCUGCUUGUGGCUACUGCCUUUCACUAGGCACCACCAGGGAUACCACCAGUCCGGACCGUCCUUUUUAUGGUUUCUCACUCCGCUCUAGCACAGAUCUCACUAGAUCCCCCUGCUAGGCAGCACCACCAGUCACGUCCUAUAACCAAUACUCCCAGAGACUUUGCCUGAGUCUCUCUCUAGCUGGUUACUUUUGUGACUGCGUGCUUAUGCUGUUCCCAACCCCCUUGUAUCUUUAUAGAUAACGCAUACAACUCUGGGUUGCUCUGGAUACUUGACUUGUUACAAUAUCUCCCUUCACCGCUGCCACCAUUAGAUACAGUUUCUGUUCAGCCUUGGUAAUUACCUUGCCCUCCCUUCUGGUAUGUAUAUCCCCCAGCCAAGGAUCAGGCCUUUGGUAAACCAAAUAAGUAUUUAUUAAAUAUCAGAAAUAACAAGAUUAGUUUUAGAAUGUUUCACAAGCGUAUGGUUUCAUCUAUUGCUGUUUUGUACUUGACUUAUUAUUAAUCAGAACUCCAACUCCCUCUUUCUCCACACUCCCGACCUCCACCCUCAAACACCUUCUUCUCCACCCUACUAACAUUCACCCAGAUUCAACUGUCAUUCUUCCAUUUAUACUUCCAGCCAUUCAAACGCUCAGCCAAUCAUCCAGCAUUCUACUGCUCAUGUACUCCCCCUCCUCUUUCACUCCACUUACCAUAUGUCUUCUAUAUAAACAGCACUUACCAUAUUUACACUAUAAUAAAAUAAUAAUAAUAAAAUUUUAUUUGUUAGUCGCCUAUCUGUCCGAACUAACGGACACUCUAGGCGACGUACAACAAUAUAAAAUACAAUAUACAAAUCAAAAAGCCACAAUCGUCAAUUAAUCUAAAACCAUCCUUCAAUUAAUACAUCAUAAAAACUAAUCCACCCCAGAAAUCCUAUAGGUCUGCCUGAAUAGCCAGGUCUUUAAGGCUCGGCGAAAACCCAUCAGGGAGGAGGCAUGUCGAAGGUCAAAAGGAAGUGAAUUCCAGAGGGUGGGGGCCACAAUCGAAAAUGCCCUCUCUCUGGUCCGUACCAGCCUAGCUGUUUUAACCGGUGGGACCGAGAGGAGGUCUUGUGAGGCUGAUCUUGUCUGGCGGCAUAAUUGGUGAUACUGGAGGCGGUCCUUCAGAUAAACUGGGCCGAAACCGUAUAGGGUUUUAAAGGUUAACACCAACACCUUGAAUUGGGCCCGGUAAACAACUGGUAACCAGUGUAGCUCCACCAACACUGGAGUAAUAUGAUCCCGGUGAUGGCUAUGCUUUAUCAAGCAUGCCGCCGCAUUCUGUACCAGCUGCAAUUUCCGGACCGUUUUCAAGGGUAACCCCACGUAGAGCGCAUUACAGUAGUCUAACCGAGAGGAGACCAGGGCAUGUAUCACUCGUGGGAGCAGAUGCACAGGAAGGUAGGGUCGCAGCCUCUGUAUCAGAUGUAAUUGAUACCAAGCUGCCCGGCUCACUGCUGAAACCUGAGCCUCCAUGGACAGGUGGCAGUCCAGAAUGACCCCUAGGCUGCGGACCUGGUCCUUCAGGGGUAAUCUCUCCCCAUUAAGCACCAAGUCUAAAUCUCCCAACCUUCCCUUGUCACCCACAAGCAGCACCUCGGUCUUGUCAGGGUUUAGCUUCAGCCUGUUCUCUCCCAUCCAUCCACUUACGGACUCCAGGCACUUGGACAUGGUAUUCACAGCCAACUCUGGUGAGGACUUAAAUGAGAGAUAGAGCUGAGUGUCAUCCGCAUAUUGGUGACACUGCAGCCCAAAACUCCUGAUGAUGGCUCCCAGCGGUUUCACAUAGAUGUUGAAUAGCAUGGGGGAGAGGAUAGAGCCCUGUGGCACUCCACAAUUGAGAGGCCAAGGGUCUGAAACCUCAUCCCCCAAUGCUACCCGUUGAUGCCUAUCUGAGAGAUAGGAACGGAACCACCGUAAAACAGUGCCCCCUAUUCCUAAUCCCUCAAGGCGAUUUAAAAGGAUACCAUGGUCAACGGUAUCAAAGGCCGCUGAGAGAUCCAGGAGGACGAGGAAUGUGUAUUCUCCCCUGUCCAACGCCCUCCUCAUAUCAUCCACCAGAGCGACCAAGGCUGUUUCAGUUCCAUGUCCAGUCCUGAAGCCCCAUUGGAAAGGAUCUAAGUAAUCUGCUUCAUCCAAGUGUGUCUGUAACUGUUUGGCCACCACUCGCUCAAUCACCUUGCCCAAGAAUGGUAAAUUAGAGACCGGGCGAAAGUUAUUCAACUCUUGGGGAUCCAAGGAGGGCUUUUUCAAGAUGGGCUUUAUCACUGCCUCCUUGAGGGCUGAUGGCAAUGCACCCUUUUCCAAGGAUGCAUUUACCACUGCCUUGAUCCCUUCGCCCAGUCUCUCUUUGCAGCUCAUGAUGAGCCACGAAGGGCAAGGAUCCAGCAAACAAGUGGUUGGCUUCACAGUAGAGAGCACCUUGUCCACUUCCUCAGAGGGAAGAGGCUGAAACCGAUCCCACCAGACCGGAAUGCAACUGGCCGACUCUGGCCCACUUCCUGUAUCCACGGCGUACAGAAUCAUGUUCUUCAGGCGCUCGAUUUUAUCGGCAAAGUGUUUAGCAAAUGUGUCACAGGAGGCUUUAGAAUGCUCCAUGGGUUCCUGAGCAACUGGACCGACCAGGCUUCGGACCACUUGGAACAACCUCCUGGGACAGCACUCUGCCGAUGCAAUAGAGGCAGCAAAGAAUUGCCUCUUUGCUGCCUUUGUUGCCACCUGGUAGGCCGCUAUUGCUGCUCUAACCAGUGUCCGAUCGUCUUCAGUGCGAGAUUUCCGCCACCAGCGUUCUAGUCGUCUCACCUCCUGUCUCAGACCCUGCAACCGUGGUGUAUACCAGGGUGCUGUCUGAGUUCUAUUCAGGGGGAGAGGACGUUUCGGAGCCACCCGGUCUAUCGCCCUAGUGAUGUCCCUGUUCCACUCCACCACCAGGGUUUCGACCGGGCGUCCUUCAGUCAGCUCCAAAUCACCCAGCGCAUUCAGGAAUCCCUUAGGCUCCAUCAGGCGUCUGGGGCGGACCAUCCUAAUAGGUCCUUGUCCCCUGCGGAGGGUGUGCGGCAUUGAGAGGUCCAUAUUCACCAGGUAGUGAUCUGACCAUGACACGGGGUUCGAAGAGACAGCCCCCAUUUUCAGAACACUUCCCUCCCCUCUCGAGACAAACACUAUAAGCAGGAACAUCACAGCCACCAACUUGGAUGGCUUUAAAACAGAAUUAGAUGAAUCCAUGGAGGAUAAAACUAUAAUUGGCUACUAGCCAUGAUGGCUCUAUUCUUCUUCCACUGUUGUGGCAAUAUUCUUCUGUAUGCCAGUUUGUGGAAAUUAUGAGUGGGAGAGUGCUGCUGUACUCAGAUCCUGCUUCUGGGCUUCUCUUGGGCAUCUGGUUGGCCACUGUGAGAUCAGGAAGCUGAACUAGAUGGGCCUUUGAUCUGACCCAGUGUGGUUCUUCCUCUGUUAACCGAUCUUUCUCAACCUUGUGCCCUCCAGAUGUUGUGGACUACAACUCCCAUAAUCUCUAGCCAUUGGCUAUGCUGUCAGGGGCCAAUUGGAGUUGUAGUCCACAACAUCUGGAGAGCACCAGGUUGGGGUAGACUGAAGCAUUGUUGGAUUGUCUAACCCAGCUCUUAAGUGACAGGCAGUUUCUCUGGGGCUGGAACCUGGCAGCCCUAUUUCCUGCUGUUUAUGUCUUUAGCAGAAGAUAAUGAAAACAUCACUUCCUAAUUCAGUCCUCCCUUGGUUGUAAGAACCAUAAUUUAAUUGGGUUUCACAUAUUCUUUUUACUACUGAACAUUCCUUUUAGAAUAUUUUGUAACUAUAUGAUUUCCUUUUCAGGCAAGUAAGUAAAUAUGUAAUAGCUUGUUACAGUGCCUUUUAGAAGCAAAAUAUAACCUCAUUAAGUUAGUACAUCUCAUCUGUGAUGCAAUACUUGCUGAUUCUUCACAAUUCUGUGUAUACCAUCCCUGUGGCUGAUGGGAGUUAUAGUUUAAAAAAGUAACUUUUCCAAGCUCUGGAUUCACGUGGUGGUGAUGAAAUGCCUUGUGCUACCAUUUUACUACAGUAAAUGUGUUAUUACUAGUUCAUAUACAUUUGCCAUUUAUGAAGGAGUCGGAAUUGGAGUCGGUACAUUUCUACCGACUCCACCCAAAAUUGCUCCUGACUCCAACUCCACGACUCUGACUCCACAGCCUAGAUCAUAGGUUGCCAGUGCAAUGCAUGAGGGCACCAAUGUGCCAACCAGUAUCCCCAAUGAUGCUGGAAAGACCUCAGAUAUCCAUUCAAAAAUCCACAAGUAUGCAAGAGACUGUUUGCCCUUCUUGUCAGUUCUUGUUUGCACUGGAUGCCAGGAUUCGACACCCAUCCACCCUUCCAUUUUGAACAGAGCAGAGAUGCAAAGAGAUUUUCUCUGUGAAUGAGCACAAGCAGUGACUGUUGUAAGUGCUCUUUUUUUUAGAUGUGGAGGCUAUUUUGUACUAUACCAUGCCCCCACAGCAUCCACUUUAUGACUAGUGCCCACAGUAUUUUUUCAAAACUCCAAAUGUGCCCAGUGGCUAUAAGGUUGGCAACCCCUGGUCUAAAUACUGAAACUAAAUACUGAAGCAUUCCAACACUGGACCUGACCAAAUGUGUGCUAAUUCCUUCUGGGUUUCUGUGGCAAUUUAUCACUUUUAACAUGACAUUUGACAAAGCCCUACUUUAGACACUCAAAUGAUUUCAUAUUUUUAAACAUCAUUUGGAUGUUUAAACCAACAGAAGUAUAAUCUAGAAAGCUGUAUGAAACCCUUAGUUUUCCACUGUUUUCAGGGAAAGCAUAUCUUCUGUUUUGGCAAGUAGUUUUUUAUUCCCUUUGUUGCCAUUUUUUUCCUCUUCUCUUUCUAGCUAGAAGCAACAGAAGGCUAAGUGACUAAUGUGAUGUACAGUUCCCGCCCUUUUCUGCUACCACCAUCUCAAUAAUACCAGCAUGGUACUUGUACUGUGCCUCAUAAAUAAUUUGAUUAGUGUAAAAUAGCUUACUGAAAAAGGAAGGGGGAGGAGUGUAGGCUAUCAUUUACUUGUAAAAUGUAGACAGGAAAAUGUGUUUGUGUUAAAUCACAUAGCUUUAUUUUUAAAUCCUUAUCCUAAGGUAAAUUGUGAUGUAUUGGAUGUGUGUGACACCUCCCUGCCCCAAAGUAUACAUAUUGAACUUGCAAAUACAGUUUUUAAGGAAAAAAAUGUAAAAUUGGGUGAUGUAUUUAAAAUGUAGAUAUUUACUGUGUGUUCAGUAUACUGUUAUGUUUGUGCCCUUAAAAGUAAUGUUUGAAAAGUAAAUGUUUUGAAAAUAAAGCUAACAUUGUUACAUGUUUUAAAUCAAAGGUUUGUGAAAUGUUUAAAGGUUCUUUUGACAGAUACUGUGUAUAACUUAGUGGUUUUAAAUGUGUUGUUCUUAACUCUAGGGUAAAGAGUAGUUCUAGAAUAUAAGUAUAUAUAAUUAGGAUUUCUAAUUUCACUGUGAGGUCUUUAAACUCUUGUUGGCAAAAUAGCUUUUGUUUUUGACAAAAAUAGUUCUGGGGUAUGUGGGGGUGUUGGUUUAAAAGUUAAAUGUUUUGUUUUUGUUCUGAUUGCAUCUAAUACAAAAUGUUAUGUAGUGACAUCUGGUGACACUACUUUUCCAUAGCAUUUAUCAGCUUCACUGGGCAAAGGCAGACACUGAGCAAAACUGGUGAUGGCAUAUGACAAUACUGUGUCUAAGAAUACAUGCUUUUAAAUGAGGUGGAUAUAAAAAAUAGUUGCUGUGCAAAAAAAAGUAGUAGUCUUCUUCAAGAAGAAAGCAAAUUCUUUUCUAAUAAUGCUAGAGAAAUCCUUUUUUGUUCAUUCUUAGUUUUAAGAACAGUGUCAGUGUGAUGCUGCUUCUACCUUGUACCUUUUUGGUAUAAGUAUUAUACUUUUUUAGAGAUGUGUGAAGUGCUUUAGUUGCUGUUGUACUUUCUGUAGCUUUUAUAUAAAUUACGAUUGCUUUGAUUUUUUAAAGAGACAUUAAACUAAAAUAUUUUGCAGACCAAAAACCAAUGUUGUGCAGCAUGUUAAGUCUUUAACUCCAACCAAACUUUGUGUUUGUGUGUGUUGUGGGGGGGGGAUUAACCAAAUGGAUGCAAUGAACCUACUUCAUUCCAGAGCUGUCAAGUUUUUUUUAAUGUUCAUGAUCUGACAAGAGAGGACACUAUAUUCAAAACUUCUUAUAGUGGGAACAUAAAUCUAGAAAUGUUAAGAAAACUGAUAUUUCGUAAUUGUACAUUGCUGCCAUCCAUAACUAUAAAUUUGCCAUAGAAAAAUGGUUUGAUCCAGAGUAUAGAACAUUGCUAAUAUGACAUUAAGUAAAUUCUGAUGUAAAAUUCAGUUUUCCUUGCUAGCCCUGUGUUUAUUAUUUGUAUA